AAUCAUUCAACAACAGCAAGCACAGGGCUGUGACAUUUGUAAAUACGGGUUAAUGAGAAUGCAGAUAAACUAUAGACUUUCCGGCUAACUCAUAACAACAGAAGAUAAGACAACUGUGAUUCAAGCUUUWGAAAGAAUUUGGACGGUUUAGCUCAAAAGGUUUUGGGAGCAAUUCGUCUGUUCCUCCAUGCGACGAAGAACAGUAGCUCUUCAAACUUUAUUGAAAUCAGAUACAUUUGGAGUAGUAUUGAAUUUACUCUGUGUGGAUCAGUUCUUAAUCAAGAAUUCUGGUAUUCAAAAUAUCUUCUUACUUCAUGGGAAAAGCUGCCAGCGAUAAACAGUGUGCUUUUAUACAGAGACUAACUAUUUCGCCUUCGAGUGUGGUGCCCACUGCUCGACCCGUUCAUUGAUAAAACUGCAAAUACGUUAAAGGUCAUACAACUGRCUACUGAAGGUUUCUACAGAGUUAAGAGUACUUUUUGUGUUCAGGAAAGAUAAUGAUGGACGAUCCAGCCAAGUAUUAUGAGGAUUAUCUCUCUAAGAAAGAAGGAAAAGGAAAGUGGGUUGAUUACUGGGUUGUGAUCCGUGGAUCUUGGAUGCUAUUCUACUCAUGUAAAAAUGUUGGCGAUAGAAAUAGCUUCUGUGGAUCUUUAGAAUUAUCAAAAAGUACUCGAUACUCAUUAGGCAAAAGAAGAAAUUAUAGCUUUCCAUUCUAUGUCAGCACACAUAGAGGAUCUCAUUUGUUUAAGAGGGCUUCCCACCCCUCCCUCCCCCAUCAUUUGUACCAAGAGUGACAGUUAAAGAUGAUGAUGGUGACCAUGUUGCAUCAUGGGAUACAGAAGAAUCUGGAAAAAUAAACAAUGGUAUUGAUAUGCAAGAUGAAGUCGUUGACGASGAUGAYGACGAUGCUUCUCUYCCUCCUGGUGUUAUAUUUGUGUCUACKUUGCCWGAUGAKCUCAUGUCUGGCACUGAUCACGACAGAGAAAGACUCCUUAACACUAUCAACAAAAAAGAUAUACAUGAAUAUGUACCAAGUAAUGCUGUCCUUUGCACUGGUAUAACAGGUACAACAUCAAUUGUAAAUAAUAGAACUCAAACSGACUUGUCUGAGAGAAACCAGUGUCAUCUCACUAAGCCAUCAAUCAAACCAGUAUCAAGAUCGACAGGCUCUAUCAAACAAGAAUUUACUGCAAAUGAGCACUCCCCAUUGUCAUCACUACUAUGGCGAGAGGAACGUCCAAGCACUUCACCUUUUCCAUCAGCCUUUGAUAGAUCUCCUUUAGCUUACAAUGCUCGCAGUACUAGUAACUUAAAAUUCUCAAGACAUAUGACGAAUUCAGCACCAGAUGUCAAAACAUUGGCUCUCCAGACCACAUCUCAGUGAUGCUAAGGACAUUGUUAAUGUUGCAUGUUUCUAAAUUAUAAACUAUUAGCUAAAAUAACUAGCUGGAAUCCAUAACUUAAAUUUUGCUUUAGUUGUAAUCUGCAGUUAGCUAUGCCAUCAAGUGGCAUAGAGAAAGUCUCUUAAAGAAAGCUUUUUUCCUGUGACAGAAUAUUU